UAGGGAGGGACAUUGGCGGCAUUGGGCUGAUGCGUGACGUUAUGAUGAAGCCAAAAACCUCUAUGUUGUAAUAGUUUUGGUUCUUUAAUUAAGCUCUUCGAUGUUUAAAAGACUGAAGAACGAAAUAUUGCAUGCCUCAAGUGCAAGUCAAAGUUACCAUGACUUAGAUCGGCUCUUCUUGGCUCUGUCUGAGAAAGAAAUCUCAGGUUUCUUUCCAGAACUGUGUUUUGAACACAAAAUAUAUGGCCUUAAUGACUUGAAGCAAGUUCUCUCAAGCAAGAAAACAGGAUUACAUCAUUUUAAUCAUAUUGGCAAACUAAGGGAGGCAUUUUCCUUGGCAAAAGAUAAAAACACUAACUUCAAUCAGCUAGCUAAGAAACAUGGCAAAUUUGACUACGAGACAGAGCUUGCAAAAGAAGGGGUACCCAUCAUCCCAUUGUCUGACAUCACAGUCCAAAAACGACUWGGAACUGGCCCAUUGUCAGGAGUAGCAUUGUCAGCCACUUUGAACCAAAAUGGAAAAACARUUAGGGUUUGCCUGCGUUAUCCUAGAAGCCGUCAUCAGCUGGAAGGUUUUCUCAAUGAAGCUAAAAUGUUAUCCAAACUAGUCCAUCCAAAUAUACUCAAACUACAUGGGGUAGUAGUGCCUGGUCCUUAUGUCAACUCUAUUGCACUGGUGAUAGAGUUUGCUCCUAAUGGAAAUAUCGUAGAGUCACUGAAUUURGUWACCGUUAAGAGUUUCUGCAAAUUACUUCCACAAAUCGUAACUGUGCUCCAUUUUGUGGACAGCAAAGGAUAUGUUCACUGUAGAUUGAGUGAAUUUGCUGUAUACAUCUUUUCUCCUACUCUGGUUAAAAUAGGUGGAUUUGGUGGCUGUGUUGAAAAACAGAAUUUUCAUAACAAGACAGAGGAGCUACAGGAAAGGUUUGGUGCUACAAUGCAUCAAUUAGUCAACCCAUCGACACGUAUUGGUAGUACAGAGGGAAUGAUAUGCUGGUUUGCUGUUUUUGUGGAGAGAAUUUUCUUUUUGCUAGAAAAAAGACGUCCUCAAGAAGCUACUUAUAAAAACCAUAAAGAUAAAAAAAUCCAUUUUAGUCUUUAUUGUCCAGAGGUUUUAAUGCCAUUGCUGAAACGAUGUUGGCUGAAUAAAGAUAGGCUAAGCACUGUUCCAUCAUUUAAAGAAAUCUUUGAAGUUUUGCAAAGUAAAGAUUUUCCUCCCAUGGUUGAAAUGACUGCAAACUUCAAAGCACAUCACCCUGGUGAUAUCUCAGUUAAGAAAGAUGAACAGGUUGUUCUUAUCUCCAAGUCUUUGAGCAGUGAGCACCACAAGCMUUCAGAUAAUUUCUGGUUAGGAGAGGCGGAGGAUGGAAGAGUUGGGUUAUUUAAUGGGAACCUGGCAACACCAAUCAUCAMCACAGACAUUGUCAGUGAYGCAGGAGAUGCAGAUUGUGAAGAAGGAACACAAAUACCAACAGAGAUUAAGGYGCGUGGACCAAGGGCAGAACUUGCCUACUGCAGGGCAUUAAAGCAUGGCAAAGUAGUUGUGAAUCGAGGCCGUAUAAUGCUUGUUGGACAAGAAAGAGCUGGUAAAACUAGUCUUAAGAAGUCUCUUCUUGGGCUGCCAUUUGAUCCWRGAGAARAGAGUACAGUUGGUGUUGAAGUUGAUCCAUCUUGCUGUAGUGUUGAUGUUGACAAUGUCAAGAAUUGGCAGAGGAUGACYGACUCCACUCACACDGACUUUGCUGAUAAUAUUGCAAGAUUGAUUGCUGAUGAUCUGAAGAAAGAUGAAAAUGAAGAACAAGAAGCAAAGCAGGAGGAUAUGAAUGAGGAAGGAGAGAGCGAUCAUACAGAAAUAAUCCUCGACCAGCAAACAGUAAAUGGGGAAGAUCAAGUUGAUGCUAUUGAUAGCAUUAUUCUCCCAAGAAAAAAUAUUGCAUUAGAGCCUGAUUAUCCAGUAAUUGUCUCAGAAAUUCAAGCAAUUCAAGAAGAUACUCCAAAUCAAGCACCAAAACAAGAAGCUGUCCCGGAAGAUGUCACUGAAAAAGUGGUUCACUACUUGCAAGGACUACAUCUUGAUGAUUCCWYAACAAAAUCCCAGACAAUAGUCAGUAUAUGGGACUUUGCAGGCCAGCAUCUUUACUAUGCUUCACACCCUGUGUUUAUGUCUCCAAGAGCUGUUUAUUUAUUGGUCUAUAAUCUUAGUAAAGAUCUUGCUUCCGAAGCAGAGCCGUGUGUAAGACAAGGUGCCUUUGACAUUCUCUUGGAGAAUGCUGAUAAAGAGACAAACCUAGAAUCAUUACUGUCAUGGUUGGCCUCAAUACACAACAUUCGACCAAUCAGUGACCAGGAUGAGGAAUUGAAAAGUAGUGAGUCCAAAAAUAUUCCUGAAGAUUGUCCAUACCUGCAACCUCCAGUGAUUAUAGUUGGCACCAAUGCCGAUCAGCCUUAUGCAGAACCCAAGAAAAUGGAAAUAGUCAUCAAAAAGAGCCUGUCUGGAAAAAGCUUUCAGCAGCAUUUGGUGAAGCCAUUCUUCACUGUGAAUAAUACUCUGUCAUCAGCUGACAAUGGAAUACAACGCUUGCAGUCAAGGAUUAUUCAAGUAUUGGAAAAGGAACCCUACAUGGGAGAGCAUAUACCUGUCAGAUGGCUUAUUUUCGAGAAGGUGAUCAAAGCCUUGGUGGACAAGAAAACUCAUUAUCUGCUGUUGCCAGACCUGGAAAAGAUUGUCAUGGAAGUUUGCUUUAUAGAGGAAAGUGAUGAAAUCCAUGCCAUGUUAGACUAUUAUCAUGAUCUUGGUGUCAUCAUCAAACAUGGCGAUACAGUGGUUCUCCAUUCUCAGUGGCUUAUUGAUCUGUUUAGAAAGUUGAUCACCAUCAGACCUUAUGAUGAUCAGAAUCCUUUGUAUGAAGAAUACUGGAAUGACCUUGAAGAAAGUGGAAUCCUGAACAUGGAGCUUGUUGAGCAUGUUUUUAGUGAACUUCUAGAUAGCGGCCAAAGUAGAGAAGAUCUUCUUGGAAUGAUGGAACAUUAUGGACUGAUUGCUGGGUUCAAGAAAGAUGCUGACAUUCGUUACUUUGUGCCUGCUCAGCUACGAUCAUCUCCAGAUGAAUUAUUAGAUAUUCAGYCAUCACCCAUCGGACCAUGCACGCUGUAUGUGCAUUUUAUUGAUGGUUUUGUCCCACAUGGUUUAUAUUCUUUGUUUGUGUCUAAAUUCAUUGCCUGGUGUUCGACAUCUCAGGAUGGUAGUCAACACGAGCCAAAUCUCUACCGAAAUGUCUCGCGUUUCAUUCUCGGGAAAUAUUCAGAUUACGAACUGAUAAUCAUCUGUAGGAAGCGAUUCAUCAAGGUCGUUCUAYGCARCCUUCAAGARAACAAGUCRUGUCUGUACCAACCAGCAGUGUCUGUUCGAAGGUUCAUUGAAUCUACCUUGAAAAGAAUCACUGAAGAGUGUACUUGUUAUCGUUCAAUGAGAUGUCAACUGUCUGUAUUGUGUCCUUCAUGUAGUGAAUCUCCAAAACCAUGCACGAAACACCAUGAAGUUUCUUGUAGUAACGAUGACUGUAUCCAUCUUCUGGAAGUCAAUGACCAACAAGUUCUAGUGUGCACUAAAAGCUUUGGUAAARASUCACGYCCWGAAGUACAAAAUCUUGAAUUUUGGUAUGCCACACCAAAGGGAGACGAAGGAGUGAUACCAACAGAAAAACUCACAUGUUUAGCAUUGGACAUUGGUGAAAAGUGGAAGAUUGUGGGAAGAGCUUUGGGGCUUCUUGAAGCAGACUUGGACGAAAUAGAAAUUGAUGAAAAUCAAUUGUAUGAACGUUGCUAUGCUGUCUUGAGACGAUGGACAGAGAUUGCUGGAUCUUCUGCUAAUUAUGAAGCUUUGAGGUCUGCACUUAUGCAUCCUGCAGCUGGGAUGUGUGAUCUAGCUUGGAAAUAUUGUGGUCCUGCUUGCGCUGGUAAAACAGUAUGCCGAGUCGGAUAAAUGAAUCAUCUGCCAAGGUCAUAAUCACACAUGUGAUGGACAGAUACAGUUAAUCAGAAAACUGUCAACGCGAAGCAACGUUAGCAGAUUCCAUCAAGAAACCCAUAAUUCCCUUGUUACUAGAGCCCAUUCCYUGGCCACCUGCAGGACAGCUUGGUCUWAUUUUUGCCAAACUCCUGUACAUUGACAUGACACAGGGAUACCAAGCAAAAAU